AUGGGCGUGUAUGUUGUUACAGAGGAGAUCCUGCAGACCCAUAUAGCCCAUUGGUGGUCUCCAGACGGUCUCAGACUGGCCUACGCCACCAUCAACGACACCCUGGUGCCCAAGAUGGAGGUCCCCAUCUUCACUGGCGCCUCAAAUCCAACAGGGCUGGAGUAUCACUACCCUAAGGUAGGUCCUAGAUACAGUCUAUUCUAUAUUCUCUGUCCUUUCUGCCCUACACUGCCUUGACUUUUCUGGGUUAGUGGUAUUGAAAGAGUACGAAGUGUUGUUGUGCAGAACGUCCCUGGUUCAAACCCAGGUCGGAACAGAAAAGAGAUCAACUCUUAUACAGAGUUGUGUGGAUCUGACAGUCGAUUUCACGCAGACAAAAAUUGUCAAUAUAGAUACUGUAUAACCCACAGAAUUAUAUGAUCUCUGGCAUAAGCUGUCUCUGCCCCUGCAGGCUGGGGAGAACAACCCUGUUGUACAUCUGUCUGUGGUGAGUCUGAACGGCCCCGUUCACACGGUGGAGAUAAAGAAACCAGACGACCCCAGGAUAGGGUGAGGGUCUCACUGACUGACUGACACUGUUACACAAGGUUAAAGGUCAUCUUUAUGAUCCCAUAGGGAAUAGUAGAUAUGCAAACUUGUCAACUUUCAGGAAAUCCUGCAGGAAAAAUCCUACAGAAUGUUGUAAGUAAGAAAGUUGUAACACAUUCCAUUUUUUCUUUUAGAAGUGAAUAUUACAUCACAAUGGUAAAGUGGGCCACCAGCACCAAGCUGGCAGUCAACUGGCUGAACAGAGCUCAGAACAACUCCAUACUGACACUGUGUGAGGCCACCACAGGAGUCUGCACCAAGGUGAAACAUGCGCACACACACGCAUGCACGCACGCACGCACAGACACACACACGCACACACACACAUGCACAGACACACACACACACACACACCGUCACCCUCUCUUACAUUAGCUCUACCUCUUUCUUGCCUCCUCAGUCACUAGCCAAGUUGUCCUUACUUUCUGUCCUCAACAUUCAAAUAAAUUACUGUAGUAUGUAACUUGAACAAAAGCACUGUAGACGUGCAUGCAGUAUUCAUUUUGUAAUCGCCAUGUUAUUUUUCCAGAAACAUGAGGAUGAAAGUGAGGGCUGGCUACACAGACAGGUAAGUGAUAAGAACAGUAAAAGCAUAACAUGUAUCACACACAACACACAUACAAAAAUAACUAUCCAGUGAAGUACACACAGUAAUUACAAGGGGAGAGGGUAGGAGGGACAGAAGUGCAGUUGGACAGUUUAGCUGUCUCAUACAUGCUCACUCACACUCACCUACUCCUUCCUCUUCCUGUUGCAGAACGAAGGGCCACUCUUCUCCCAUGACGGAUACAAGUUCUUCUUCACCAGAGCUGUUCCUCAGGGUGGAAGGGGAAAGUUCUUCCAUAUCUCCAUGUCCACCUCCCAGGUAAAACACCUCUGUUUGUUCUCUUCUCUAAAACUCUAGCCGCGUUAUAGAGCAGUGCACUGGACAGCCCACAAUGCGCCUUUUAAAAGCAUUUGCCCCGAUGUUUUGCGGAGAACACACUCAUGGUAAACGCAGCGCAAGUCAAGUUCAAUGUGCUGCUCUAUAAUGUACCUUGGAUUGAAUCCUGGCCUCUGUAUGCCCAGCCUGGUCUCAAACUGUAUGAGCUGUUAUAUAGCCAACUCUUCUUUCCUGAGUUGUCAUGCAAUGUGAUGUAUUGUUCCAUUCCAGCCCAAUACCAGCACAGACACUCUGCAGUCCCUAACAUCAGGAGACUGGGACGUCACUCAGAUACUGGCCUACAGCCAAGACAGGCAGCUCAUGUAAGCUUCUCCACCCAUACAUUACAGUAACAUGACCAAAUAGUACCAUUAUGAUUUCCAAAUGAACGUAUAAUUUCCUAUCACUUAUAGUUGAUCAAAUAUUACCAUGGAUAUUUGACUUACCUUGUCUUGUUCAGGUAAUAGUAAUUGAACUCCAAACUGAUCUUCAUCACAAUGUUUUCCAGAUACUUUUUGAGCACAGAGGAUGAUCCAAAACGACGACACCUCUACAGGUAUAAUUUUAUUUCUGGAUUUAGCUCUCUAAUGGUUUAUUCUGUGAGAGAUCACUAUGUAGGUGCCUUUAUUAUAAUAUUUUUUACCCCCUUUUUCGUGAUUACGAUCUUUUCUCAUCGCUGCAACUCCCCAAUGGGCUCGGGAGAGGCAAAGGUCGAGUCAUGCGUCCUCUGAAACAUGACCCGCUAAACCACGCUUCUUAACACCCGCUCGCUUAACCCGGAAGCCAGCUGCACCAAUGUGUCGGAGGAAACACUGUUCAAAUGAUGAGCGAAGUCAGCCUGCAGGUGCCCGGCCCACCACAAGGUGUCUCUAGAGCGCGAUGAGCCAAGUAAAGCCCCCCCCCCGGCCAAACCCUAACCCGGACGACACUUGGCCAAUUGUGUGCCGCCCUAUGGGACUCCCGGUCACGGACGGUAAUGACACAGUAGUGACGCCGCAACACUGCGAUGCAGUGCCUUAGACCUCUGCGCCAAUCAGGAGGCCCUGUAGGUGUCUUUUAAAAAAUUGAAUAGCGUAUAAUGCUAAUAGCGUGGUUUUCUUUAUCUAUGCUAUGUCAGUGCGGACACCAAUGGCCCAUUCAACCGUCGCUGUCUGUCGUGUGAGUUCAAGUGUGGCUAUGUGGAUGGCUCCUUCAGCCACAACAUGCAGUACUUCCUGCUCAACUGUAAAGGUGAGUGCUCCUGACCUUCAAUCUUGAACACUAAGCAGCAUAUGUUGUACUUGACUGAAUCAGUAUAUUUUUGUGAUAUAUAAAUAAAUUGAAGUCUUUGACUAUGCUGACAGGGUUUUAGUGGGUGUUUAGUGUCAAAUGUAGAUUUAAAAAUCUACAUUUGACACUAAACAUACUCAGUCAAAAUAUGAAAUUGAAUUAGUGUUCAAUGCUGUGGCAAAAGGUUGUAUUGAAUGUGACAGCAGUCGGUACUAACCACUGUUUCUACUUGCCAGUCAGACAUAACUCAAGCCCCUUACCAGACCAAAUGUGAAUCGCUAGGCUGUAUCCUGAAGUGUUCCUGCUGUGUAUCAAACUACAGUAGUUGGCAUAAAGCCCUAUUUCCUGCCCUGCUUCCUGUGUGUCAGACAGGGUCUAUCUAUGACAUGAGAGCAGGGCCCAUGGCCUUAUUUACGUCUGUGUUCUCAUUUCCUCUGAGAACGCUCAUCAUCCUUAUCUCGCCUACCGGUGCGGUUGCCAUGACAGCUGAUUUGUUUAGAGGGUCCGCUCAAGAGAGGAAAAAAGGCAACCGAUUUUUCAUUAAUUAGAUCUUGUGAGAGGAGAGCAGCCCUGGUCUGUACUGACUGUCUGGAGUAAUAAUAACAGCCUGGUAUUCAUUCAGCUGCUCCCCAAGGUGCUACAGACAGACAGUGGCUUCUCAGUAAUGACACAUGGCUGGCUGCGAGAGGUUAUUUCAAGACUUGCAUUACUGAAGAUGGUUAGAGAAACAGAGGGCUCAUUCCACCAAUUCGGUGCCUUUUGAGAAAUGUAAAGACAAAAGAAAAGAAAAAAAAGAACUUGGAUUUCACCUAAUGUUAACAUUCUGUUAUAAAGAGCACAUGUUCAACUUCAUAAAAAACUAGUUUUUCCAUCUCAAGAGGUUAAAUAUAAAUGACUAUAGUAAGUGCCAAAUAAAGUAUCCGGGUUGAUCGUAACAGGGUUGACGAUUUCAUCUUAAAUCAGCCAAAAAUCCCCUUGUGACAGAGGGAAUGGAAGCUUGUUAUGUGCAACAGGGAGUGACAAUUGAAGCUUCAUUAAAAAAAUGAAUCGUUCAAACAUUUCUAGCCUAUCUGUGGGUAACAGGGUUGACGUGUUAUGCUCGACCCGCUCAGUUUUCCACCACAAAACACCAGAAAAUUGCCAAAAAGAGUAGAACCAGCUCAUCUUCUCUUACACUAUGAUUUGACUAUUGAAAAACAUAUUUAAACAAGAGUUCAGUUCAUGUAACAGGGUUGACCUUAAAAUGAGGGACAGACUUAAAAGAAUCACUAAUCACAUGAAAUAAAUAAUAAUCUUCAGAAAUGACUUUUUGUCAAAGUAACAAAAUAACUAGGGCUUUACAAUGAUGGUGAAAUCUUGGAGAAAUGUUGGGGUUAAUUGGGUUAAAAUUAUCUACAAUGGGUGCACAGGGGCUGAAUGUUGGCACUUUAGCAAGUCUUCAUUCAUAUAAAAAAAUCUGAUUUAUGGAAUUCUCCAUGUGGUCUUUAUUAAAGGGCAUUUCAUUUAAUAUACAGGCUUUUAAAAUGCAAUAUUGGGGCACAAUUUCUUCUUAAAAUAUCAAAGGGACGCAAAAGGUACUCUUCGUGGAAUGACACAGAGGCAUUUUUGAAUGAGCUCUGAUUUUUAAAUACAGUGAAAUGCUACAGAAAAAAGGGUUUAAAUGUUUUGUUUGCUUUUCCAUUUGAGGCCAUUCAUCUGCACCUUAAAGUGCUUCUUCCUAUAAUAACCUACAACCUCCACCCCUUUCUCUCUCUCCCUCUCCACAUGUAUCCCCAUCCAGGCCCUGAUGUACCCAGUGUUGCCAUCUACAGCACCAAAGACAAACAGAGUGAGCGUUAUGAGGCCUGACCCUGGCCUGUACCAUAAAGAGCACUGAAGCUGAGGGGCAUUUUAUUCAGCAUAGUGUUUAUAUCACACAUCAUUCAAUGGGAAAUGUGUUCGAUUUUUCAUGAAGCUGCCACUCAGACAGUACUGUAAGUGAACCAUAAGCUUGUUUCUUCCAUGUCACUGCAGAGGUCCUGGACCUGGAGACUAACGAGGGAGUGAAUAACACGUACCACAACAUGCAGAUGCCCAAAGUGGAGUACGAGACCAUCACCAUAGACGAUUACAGUAGGUAUCCCUCCAUGGUGCACCUAUUCAUAGAAACUACUAGCCAAUGCCUGCUUCAGUUGCAUUUCUUAUGAUGACAUUAUAUGGGUUAUUGUCUUCAUAAAUGCUGUUACAAUGGCAUUAGUUAUGAUUUGAUAUGAUAAUUUAAAGGUCCAAUGCAGCCGUUUUUUAAAAUCUCAAUAUUAGAUCAUUUCUGGGUAACAAUUAGUAAAUUAAUGUGAUUGUUUUCAAUUAAAAUGGUCAAAAAUAAACAAAAAUAGCUUCUUAGCAAAGAGCAAUUUCUUAAAAAAGAAUUUUGCUAGGAUUGUCUGGGAGUGGUCUGAGUGUGGAGGGGGAAACUGAAAACUAGCUGUUAUUGGCACGGAGGUUUAGAACUCUCUUUCUUAUUGGUCCAGGCAGGCCAAAACUCCAUCCCACCAAAACAGACUGAGAUUUUAGGUGGUGUUUUCAAACAGCUCUUACACUAAGGGAAUUAUCAUUUUCACAUUUACAUUUACAUUUACGUCAUUUAGCAGACGCUCUUAUCCAGAGCGACUUACAAAUAGGUGCAUUCACCCUAUAGGCAGUGGGAUAACCACUUUACAAUAUUUUUAUUUUUAUUUUUAUUUAUUUUUAGGGGGGGGGGGGGUAGAAGGAUUACUUUAUCCUAUCCCAGGUAUUCCUUAAAGAGGUGGGGUUUCAAAUGUCUCCGGAAGGUGGUGAGUGACUCCGCUGUCCUGGCGUCGUGAGGGAGCUUGUUCCACCAUUGGGGUGCCAGAGCAGCGAACAGUUUUGACUGGGCUGAGCGGGAACUAUGCUUCCGCUGAGGAAGGGGAGCCAGCAGGCCAGAGGUGGAUGAACGCAAUGCCCUCGUUUGGAUGUAGGGACUGAUCAGAGCCUGAAGGUACAGAGGUGCCGAUCCCCUCACAGCUCCAUAGGCAAGCACCAUGGUCUUGUAACAGAUGCGAGCUUCAACUGGAAGCCAGUGGAGUGUGCGGAGGAGCGGGGUGACGUGAGAGAACUUGGGAAGGUUGAACACCAGACGGGCUGUGGCAUUCUGGAUGAGUUGUAGGGGUUUAAUGGCACAGGCAGGGAGCCCAGCCAACAGCGAGUUGCAGUAAUCCAGACGGGAGAUGACAAGUGCCUGGAUUAGGACCUGUGCCGCUUCCUGUGUAAGGCAGGGUCGUACUCUCCGAAUGUUGUAGAGCAUGAACCUGCAGGAUCGGGUCACCGCCUUGAUUUUAGCGGAGAACGACAGGGUGUUGUCCAGGGUCACGCCAAGGCUCUUCGCACGAUUCAGCAGGGAGGAGAAUGUGGCAAAGAGCUUCCUAGGGUUAGAGGCAGAUGCUUGGAAUUUAGAGUGGUAGAAAGUGGCCUUAGCAGCAGAAACAGAUGAAGAAAAUGUAGAGAGGAGGGAGUGAAAAGAUGCCAGGUCGGCAGGGAGUUUAGUUUUCUUCCAUUUCCGCUCCGCUGCCCGGAGCUCUGUUCUGUGAGCUCGCAAUGAGUCAUCAAGCCACGGAGCUGGAGGGGAGGACCGAUUAAAAUUCCACGUGACUGUUGAGUCACGGUAAUCACCUCUUAUGCACUCUGGACACACGUUGGUAGUACCCAACUCGCUAACGAUCAUCAGGUCGCUAAUGGCCUGGUACUCAGGGGUCGAUUUUUCCCUCUAACCCUUCUGGCAUCAUUGCAAAUGCAUUUGAAAAUCACAUCAAACAUUUAUCAUCAAAACAGUAUGUGCUUUUAAAACUCACCUCACAAGUUCAACAACAGUAUGAAACUGAGUGAAAACAUGGUCCUUGUGGAUGUUGUUUCAAAGUCUAACACAAUGAAAUAGACAGCGUUUUCUAAGGUGAUGAUUGAUUCAAAACCCUCAUAUGCAUAUUAAAGCUUAUGCAUAUGCUUAGGCCUAUGUAUGAGCCCCCCAAAAAACAGAAUAAAAAUAAUGAUUGUGCCAUUAUACAAUACUUACAGUAGCGUACCGCAUAUUAAACACGGCAGAAAAACAAAAUGAACUGAUUUAAGAUGUAUUUGAUACAUAAUUAGUCUAGCUUAUACUCCAAAAUUAAACAAAUUCAGAGUUAUCCUACAAAUAUAGUGAAUUUGUAUUUUAUUUUGAAUAGCUCAGUAAUAGGGCAUUUAAAAAAUAAUAUAAUUAAUAGGCUGACAUUACCUUUAGCUACAGAAUAUCUCACCACCUUGCGUUUCCAUCUCCUCCCCUCUCUCCUUCAUUUCUUUCUCGAGCUCGUAGAGAAAGGGGCUGUCAACAGUUUAAUGAAAUAUGUUUUGUUGAACAAAUUUCACUUGUUUUCCCAAAAUAAGCAGUGGGUAACAGCAGGAACAGGGUUGGAGAGCCCACGGCAUACAGAGUUUGGGUGGAAUAUCACCUGUCGCGCAACCUCACAGUGUGGAAAUAUUUAUAAAACACAGGAAAAUCACAUUUUUGACUGCACUGGGCCUUUAAGAAGAACAACAUGCACAGUCAUUUACACAGUCUUGUUUCUUGCAGCUCUGACAAUGCAGAUCCUGAAGCCAGCUGGUUUCAUAGACACAGCUCACUACCCCCUACUGCUACUAGUGUAAGUAUGGCAGCAACUACCCACACACACAUUUACUCUAGAUAUAAACAUAAUAUCUAUGACUCACACCAACUCCAGUAGGGAUUAUAUUAGAAUUAUAGCAUAUUCUCUUUUGACAUUGGACUCAUGACUUUGGACGCUGUCACAGAGAGCUAUAAGGGGAUCAAUGGUUCAGCCUGUCAUAUGUUUCCCUUAGGGACGGAACGCCUGGCGGACAGAUGGUGACAGAGCAGUUCCGUGUGGACUGGGCCACGGUGCUGGUGAGCAGUUACAGCACCAUUGUGAUCCGCUUCGAUGGCCAUGGGUCCGGGUUCCAGGGCACCAACCUCCUCCACCGCAUCAGGAGGAAACUGGGCGUGAUCGAGGAGAGGGACCAGAUGGAGGCCCUCAGGUGAGAGAGACACCUGGACACAUUAGACUCUUUCUUGAGAGUUCAAAUAAUUGGUCCUACAUAAUGAUAAUAUGCUAAUACCAUGCUACGUCUUACAGUAUUUAUACUGAACAGAAAUAUAAACGCAACAUGUAAAGUGUUGGUCCAAUGUUUCAUGAGCUGAAAUAAAAGAUCCCAGAAAUUUGCCAUACGCACAAUUAGCCUAUUUCUCUCAAAUUUUGUGCACAAAUUUGUUUACAUCCCUGUUAGUGAGCAUUUCUCCUUUGCCAAGAUAAUCCAUCCACCUGACAGGUGUGGCAUAUCAAGAUGCUCAUUAAACAGCAUGAUCAUUACACAAGUGCACCUUGUGCUGGGGACAAUAAAAGGCCACUCUAAAAUGUGCCAUUUUGUCACACAACACAAUGCCACAGAUGUCUCAAGUUUUGAGGGCGUGUGCAAUUGGCAUGCUGACUGAAGAAAUGUCCACCAGAGCUGUUGCCAGAGAAUUUAAUGUUAAUUUCUCUACCAUAAGCCUGCAACGUCGUUUUUGAAAAUUUGGCAGUAUGUCCAACCGGCCUCACAACCGCAGGCCACGUGUAACCACGGCAGCCCAGGAUCUCCCUAUCCGGCUUCUUCACCUGCGGGAUCGUCUGAGGGGAGGGGGGUUAUUUCUGUCUGUAAUAAAGCCCUUUUGUGGGGAAAAACCCAUUCUGAUUGGCUGGGCCUGGCUCCCAAGUGGGUGGGCCUAUGCCCUCCAAGGCCCACCCAUGGCUGCGCCCCUGCCCAGUCAUGUGAAAUUCAUAAGUUAGGGCCUGAUUUCCUUAUAUGAACUAUAACUCAGUAAAAUCUUUGAAAUGGUUGCAUAUUGCAUUUUAUAUUUUUGUUCAGUAUAUAUGCAGAUACAGUUUAAUGACAUUAUGAUAAUGUUUUUAUUUCAGUACGUUACUGGGUUGUUGGAAAUGUAAUACCUACUUUUGACCUUCCAACCAAAGCAUUGAUUGUUUUUUUCUUCUUUAUUCCAGACUGAUAUCCAAAGAAAUGUACAUCGACAAAAGUCGAAUUGGAGUAUAUGGAAAGGUAAGGAGAAUCAAUGCUUGAAGAAAACAAGCUAGCUACUUAUUCAAACCACGUGAAAAAAAGGUAAUUGGGUUCCCUUUACUUCCCUUCUCGUCAAUUGUAGUACUGUAUUUGAGCAGAAGAAAGUGGUCCUUUGUAGCUCAGUUGGUAGAGCAUGGUGCUUGUAACGCCAGGGGUAGUGGGUUCGAUUUGCAUAAAAGCGUCUGCUAAACGGCAUUAAGAGUGGACUAGGGCUUUCACUCUGUCUGGAACAUAGAGCAGAAUCUCACCCUCUCAUAUCUAGGGUACAUGCCAAAAUGGCACACUAUUGUAGUGGACUACUUUUGACCAGAAGUAAUGCACUAUAAAAGGAAUAGUGUACAAUUUGGGAUGUACACUUACUACACUACGGUCCAGCAAUGAGUGGCGCAGUGGUUUAAGACACUGCAUCUCAGCGCUAGAGGCAUCCAGGAUGUAUCACAAUCCGGCAGUGAUUGGGAGUCCCAUAGGGCGGCGCACAAUUGGCCCAGCGUCGUCCGGGUUUGGCCGUCACUGUAAAUAAGAAUUAACUGACUUGCCUCGUUAAAUAAAUAAAAAACAACGCAGACAACAUAAAUGUUUCAGUUUGGCACUUAUUUGUCCAUAUAAAGUUUGAAUGUGUAUGCAGUUAGUACUUAAUUUGGGCAGAAACUUACUUUGGAGUGGUGUAUCUGAAGUCUCUAGCCUUGAUAUGUCAAUGUAUUUCAAAUCAAAUCAAAUCAAAUUGUAUUGGCCACAUGCGCCGAAUACAACAGGUGCAGAUAUUACAGUGAAAUGCUUACUUACAGCCCUUAACCAACAGUGCAUUUAUUUUUUAUAAAAAAGUAGAAUAAAACAACAAAAAAGUGUUGAGAAAAAAAGAGCAGAAGUAAAAUAAAAUAACAGUAGGGAGGCUAUAUAUACAGGGGGGUACCGGUGCAGAGUCAAUGUGCGGGGGCACCGGCUAGUUGAGGUAGUUGAAGUAAUAUGUACAUGUGGGUAGAGUUAAAGUGACUAUGCAUAAAUAAUUAACAGAGUAGCAGCAGCGUAAAAAGAUGGGGUGGGGGGGGUGGGGGGGGGGGGCAGUGCAAAUAGUCUGGGUAGCCAUGAUUAGCUGUUCAGGAGUCUUAUGGCUUGGGGGUAGAAGCUGUUGAGAAGUAUUUUGGACCUAGACUUGGCACUCCGGUACCGCUUGCCGUGCGGUAGCAGAGAGAACAGUCUAUGACUAGGGUGGCUGGAGUCUUUGACAAUUUUGAGGGCCUUCCUCUGACACCGCCUGGUAUAGAGGUCCUGGAUGGCAGGAAGCUUGGCCCCAGUGAUGUACUGGGCCGUACGCACUACCCUCUGUAGUGCCUUACGGUCGGAGGCCAAGCAGUUGCCAUCCCAGGCGGUAAUGCAACCAGAGGAUGCUCUCGAUGGUGCAGCUGUUUAAUUUUUUGAGGAUCUGAGGACCCAUGCCAAAUCUUUUCAGUCUCCUGAGGGGGAAUAGGCUUUGUCGUGCCCUCUUCAGGACUGUCUUGGUGUGUUUGGACCAUGAUAGUUCGUUGGUGAUGUGGACGCCAAGGAACUUGAAGCUCUCAACCUGUUCCACUACAGCCCCGUCGAUGAGAAUGGGGGCGUGCUCAGUCCUCUUUUUUUUCCUGUAUCCACAAUCAUCUCCUUUGUCUUGGUCACGUUGAGGGAGAGGUUGUUAUCCUGGCACCACACGGCCAGGUCUCUGACCUCCUCCCUAUAGGCUGUCUCAUCGUUGUCGGUGAUCAGGCCUACCACUGUUGUGUCGUCGGCAAACUUAAUGAUGGUGUUGGAGUCGUGCCUGGCCAUGCAGUCAUUUUACAUUUACAUUUAGUCAUGGGUGAACAGGGAGUACAGGAGGGGACUGAGCACGUGUUGAGGAUCAGUGUGGCAGAUGUAUUGUUACCUUCCCUUACCACUUGGGGGCGGCACGUCAGGAAGUCCAGGAUCCAGUUGCAGAGGGAGGUGUUUAGUCCCAGGAUCCUUAGCUUAGUGAUGAGCUUUGAGGGCACUAUGGUGUUGAAUGCUGAGCUGUAGUCAAUGAAUAGCAUUCUCACGUAGGUGUUCCUCUUGUCCAGGUGGGAAAGGGCAGUGUGGAGUGCAAUAGAGAUUGCAUCAUCUGUGGAUCUGUUGGGGCGGUAUGCAAAUAGGAGUGGGUUCUAUACUGUUUGUUCAGGAAACUUGAUACUGUGAUAUAUCUGUCCAUAGGUUUAUGGAGGAUAUUUAGCCACCAUGCUUUUAAGUUCUGAAGACUCCAUGCUUAAAUGUGGAGCCGCCGUCUCACCCAUCACAGAUUUCGAGUUAUACGGUAUAACAUGAUGAUUUUCUUUAUCAACUUAAUUUCUUACUGCAUGAAUAAUUUAGCCUUACAAACUAUAAAUUGUUAUUUGAACAGUGCCAAAUAAAAUGAUAUGUGUUUGUUCUUUCUUUAUUCUCCAGCUUCAGCAUUUUCAGAGAGAUACCUUGGAUCACCUAAGACAGACUCUCGAAUAUACUCGGUAAAGACACAACAGUUCACACACUGUAUUUACACUAGUCAGUCAAUGUGUAAGAUGCUGUGUAUUUCAUGGUGGCAUUCUCUUUCCUUCAGAUGGCAAGUUUAGCACACCGGGCAGGUAAUCUCAUGGACAGGAAGUACAUGAUCAUCCAUCCAACUGCUGAUGGUACAGUCAUUAUUUGAAACACUAUCAAUACGUUAGCCUGUCAAAGUAAUUUUUAUUUAUGAACUUUGAGGCUGAAUGUUGUUGAAGUACUGUGACUGAAUAUAAACAUCUUACACAUCCUGUUACCCGCUCUCCCUCCCUAUAGAGAAAGUCAAUUUCCAGCACUCUGCAAAAUUCAUCAACCAUUUAAUCAACGAGAAGGCAAAUUACUCUUUACAGGUAAGCUUGACAGUUCAGCUUUACGACAUGUUUAGGACAUUGUCAUGAAGGCGUAAUGAGCAGGGUGCCAAAUAGUGUUACCUACAUUAUUUUCUAAUGUCUCUGUACUGUAGAUCUACCCAGACGAGGGACACUUCCUGCAUAGCGAUGGCAGACGGCAACACCUGAGCCAAUCACUGGUCAACUUCUUUGAGGAGUGUUUCCGACUGCCGGACUUACCGAGCGAGGAAGAGAAGGACAAAGAGGACGAGGGAGAUGGUUAAACCAGCUGACACAUGGUUAACGCUCUGGCCAGUUACUACAGCACAAUAUGCAACAGAUCUUUCUGUUACCCCCACCCCUAGCCUGGUUCCAGAUCUGUUUGU